ACUGAGGUCAAGGUCAAAUUUGUUAUUAUGCAAACAUUUGUCCAACAUCUGAGUUGAAAUUACAAAAAAACAUGUCAUUGAGAAACGUUGUUCAAUCAAUUAGAGUUUUGGCUAGACAGAAUGCUGUCAGCUCUUCUUUUCACAGAAAUUCAUCUUCUGCAACCUUCAACUGGCAAGAUGCUUUUAACUUGGAAAGUCAGCUGACGGAUGAAGAAAAGAUGGUGCGUGACCAGUUCCGCUCCUACUGUGACGACAAACUGAUGUCCAGAAUUGUCAUGGCCAAUAGAAAUGAAGUGUUUCAUCCUGAGAUUCUCCCAGAAAUGGGUGAGCUAGGUGUGUUAGGAGCCACAAUUGAGGGCUACGGGUGUGCAGGUGUCUCAUCAGUCGCUUAUGGGCUCCUUGCCAGGGAGUGUGAGAGGGUGGACAGUGCCUACCGCUCCUCUAUGAGUGUACAGUCAUCUCUAGUCAUGCACCCUAUCAAUGCAUAUGGUACAGAUGCACAGAAAGAAAAAUACCUCCCUAGACUAGCCAAGGGAGAGCUGAUUGGUUGUUUCGGGCUCACGGAACCCAACCACGGCAGUGACCCGUCGUCAAUGGAAACCAAUGCAGUCUACAAUCCGUCCAGUAAAACAUACACGCUCAAUGGAUCUAAGUCAUGGAUUACAAACUCACCUAUAGCAGAUGUAUUUAUUAUUUGGGCGAAAAGUAAAGCAGAGAACAACAGAAUCAAAGGUUUUAUCCUGGAAAAGGGAAUGAAGGGACUUUCUGCACCAAAGAUUGAAGGCAAAUUUUCUCUUCGUGCAAGUAUUACGGGUCAGAUUGUAAUGGAAGAUGUUGAGGUCCCUGAAGAAAACCUCCUGCCAAAUGUCAGCGGGCUUGCAGGUCCAUUUGGAUGUCUCAACAAUGCAAGAUUUGGAAUUGCCUGGGGCACUCUGGGAGCAGCCGAGUUCUGUCUUGAGGCUGCCAGACAAUACACACUGGACAGACACCAGUUUGGCCGGCCACUUGCCAAGAACCAGUUAAUGCAGAAGAAGAUGGCUGACAUGCUCACAGAAAUCUCUAUAGGCUUACAGGCUUGUUUGCAGGUGGGCCGCCUCAAGGACCAAGGCAUGGCUACCCCAGAAAUGAUCUCUUUGAUAAAGCGAAAUUCUUGUGGAAAGGCAUUGGAUAUUGCAAGAGUGGCACGUGAUAUGCUCGGCGGGAACGGAAUAUGUGACGAGUACCACGUGAUUCGUCACGUGAUGAAUCUCGAGGCAGUCAACACUUACGAAGGAACACACGAUAUUCACGCCCUCAUUAUUGGUCGUGCCAUCACAGGGCUGCAAGCCUUCACAGCAGACAAUUGAUGAAAUAAGUGCUGUAAACAUUUCGAGAUAUUACCACGUGCAUCGCCAAACAGGAAGUGUGCGUUUCGCAGUGUAUGGCACAUUGUCUGUGAUAAUCAGAAUGCAGUGUUUUAUUUUUGUCAGUAUUACAUCUAUGUUUUAAGCUAUUUUUAUAAAAAUAAUAUGCGUUAGUAAUAAAAUUGUGUGAGUUAACUAUAAGCGUUUCCGUAUGGGUUGUAUUUUGCGUUAUUGAAUGUAUUUUCAAUAAAAAGUCGACCGACAUAUUUCAUUUUGAACUCUUUGAUAAAUUAAUGAUGUAAAAUGUCUAAAAUACUGAUUUUAACUGAAUUGUAUGGAUACUUGUUUUGUUAUUGUAUAUUACUAGAUAAGAAAUAAAUUUGAAAAUUA